AUGUAUAGUAAUUAUGAUGUGUCAGUGAAGCUGGUGCAGAUAUUGCAUGACGAGUACGGCGUCCCUCAUGACGUAGCUGCAGAGAGCGGUGCUAACUUCCUACGCGCUUUCCGUGCCAGACCCGACGAUGAAUCCUACGCACUACACGAGUGGCCAGCGCAUUUAUGGCGCAAUUGCUUGCCGAAGAACUAUAGACACAUUGCCAAAAAUAUAUCUGCCGAAUGGCUAAAUUUACGAUUUAAAUAUUUAGCUCUGUCGCCGGAUGUUAUACAUCUUUUGGAAUCUCUAAGGGUGGAUUAUCUUCUCGGUCUGAUCACAAACGGGCCAUCACGAGCUCAGUGGCAGAAAGUUGAGAGGCUCGGGCUGCGCAAGUACUUCGACUGUGUGCUGGUAUCCGGAGACCUGCCCUGGGAGAAGCCCGACCAGAACAUCUUCCUCGAGGCUUGCAAGUUGCUCAACGUGGAGCCGAGAAACUGCAUCAUGGUCGGUGAUAAACUAGAGACCGAUAUAAAGGGUGGUAAACAAGCAGACUUACUGAGUACAGUAUGGAUUCCGCUACACAAGGACGAUCCAGAGUCGGAUCUUCCAGAUUUCACCAUACAAAACGUCACGGAAUUACCGGAUGUCUUGCCAAAUUCGCCGAAACUGAAACGUUCCGCUCACAAAAUGGCGAUGUGCGAAUAA